AUGGCUGUAAAAAGUGAGUUGGGAUCAUCUUGGUUGAAGGCGGUCCCAAAUUCCACCUGUGGUACCAGGCUGGACGACUCUUGUGUUCGUGUCAGUUUGGGACUGAGACUCGGUUUACCCAUUUUAACCGAGUAUGUUUGUUUAUGUGGGGCCAAUGUUGAAUUUUUUGGUAGCCUCAGGCCCGAUGGAUAUACUAUUUCACCAUGGGCGCAGGGACGUUCCCUUGCUUGGGAUGUUACGUUCCCUCACACCAUGGCUGAAAGGUACACUAAUCUUACCUCACAGGAGGCGGGUGCCACUGCUUUAAGAGCCGCAGACUUUAAAAAUUCAAAAUAUGCGGCUCUUGCAGAAAGCAAAAUUUUUCAGCCAGUCUGCAUUGAGACCUUUGGUCCAACCGAUGCUCAGACUCAGAGUUUUCUGAAUGAACUCUGUAGCAGGAUUGUAGAAGUAUCGGGUGACCCAUUAGAUAAGAGUUAUGUAAAGCAAUCCUUUUCUAUUUUACUUCAAAAAUAUAAUUCUUUCUGUAUUUUGGAUGGAGCGUUAAAAUACCUGUCUGUGCGAAGCGUUUAA